CACACACACACACACACACACACACACACACACACAGAGAGAAGAAACUCUUCCUCGUUUACUCUAAUCACGACGCUACACCUGCUCGGGGAGGCCAGCGGCAGCAGCGGCAGCGGCAGCAGCAGGAGGAGGAGGAGGUCCUCACACCGGAGUGCAGAGCGCAGGAGAGGGUCCUGUCUCCGCGCAGCUCCUUCUGACCCUCGGCUUCUUCUUCCCUAGUUUUUGUUUUGUUUUGUUUUUGUGUUUGUUUACGCGGAUAAUAAAUGCGGUUCACCGGAUCCCUGAAGGUGCGCGUGGGCGAGGCCGUGGACUUGAAGCCCACCAGCGCGUCCACGCGUCACGCCGCCGCCUUCGGUAAAGCCGCCUUGGGCCUCAACCUGAACCUCAACCUGGGCGCGCACGCGAGCCUGGACCCGUACGUGGUGGUGAAGGUGGACGAGCGCGCGGUGGGUCAGACGCGCUCCAAGCCGCGCACCAACGCGCCCACCUACAACGAGGAGUUCAGCGCGUGCGUGAGCCGCGCCACAAGCCUGGAGAUCGCCGUCUUCCACGAGUCUCCCAUCGGAUACGACGACUUCGUGGCCAACUGCACCAUCCACUUCGAGGACCUGAGGAAGAGCUCGAGCCCCGAGGAGACCUUCGAAGGAUGGGUUGAUCUGGAGCCUGAGGGGAAGGUGUACAUACAGAUCACGCUCAAUGGAACAUUUAUUGACGUUUCUGAUGACCCCGCCCCUCCUCCCGUGUUUAAGGAGUUCAGUCGGAAGCGUCAGCGUGCAGUGAGGCGGAGAGUCCAUCAGGUCAACGGGCACAAGUUCAUGUCCACGUUCCUGAAGCAGCCCACGUUCUGUUUCCACUGCAAAGAGUUUAUAUGGGGUGUUUUUGGAAAACAGGGGUACCAGUGUCAAGUGUGUACUUGCGUCGUCCAUAAACGGUGCCAUCAGCUUGUCGUCACAGUGUGUCCACGCAUGAAGAAACCUGCCAAAGAACAGACGGUGAAUCAGGGUUUCAGCAUUAAUGUUCCCCACAGGUUCAAUAUACAUAAUUAUAAGGUUCCUACGUUCUGUGAUCACUGUGGAUCUUUACUUUGGGGCCUCGUGAAGCAGGGACUGCACUGUAGCAUCUGUAAGAUGAACGUUCAUAUCCGCUGUAAGGGAAACGUUGCUCCAAACUGUGGUGUGAAUAACGUGGAGCUCGCCAACAAAUUAGCGGAGAUGGGACUUCAGCCAGGAGGGACUAUAAAACGCAACAACACACUGAACCCGUCUGCUGUAGAGUCCUCUCGCCGUGUCAGUGUGAAGAAAGGUGUCUCACCAGAAGAGAAUAAAGGUCGAACGUUGCACAUCGAUGACUUUAUUUUCCUCCAGGUUCUUGGCAAAGGCAGCUUUGGCAAGGUGAUGCUGGCCCGCCUGAAAGACUCCGAUCAUGUAUUCGCCGUGAAGAUUUUGAAGAAGGAUGUGAUUCUGCAAGAUGAUGAUGUCGAGUGCACACUGACGGAGAAACGAGUGCUGACGCUCGCACACUCACACCCCUACCUCACACACCUGUACUGCUGCUUCCAGAACCUGGAGCGUCUGUUCUUCGUGAUGGAGUUUGUGAACGGCGGUGAUCUCAUGUUUCACAUUCAGAAGUCGAGGAAGUUUGAGGAGAACCGAGCUCGAUUUUACGCAGCCGAGAUCACCUGUGCACUCAUCUUCCUGCACAGCAAAGGCAUCGUAUACAGGGAUCUGAAGCUGGAUAACGUGCUGCUGGAUCGGGAUGGUCACUGUAAGCUGGCAGAUUUUGGGAUGUGUAAAGAGGGGAUGUUUGAAGGAGCGGUUACCGGAACCUUCUGUGGAACUCCAGAUUACAUCGCUCCUGAGAUCCUGCAGGAGAUGCUGUACGGGCCGUCGGUUGAUUGGUGGGCUCUGGGCGUGCUCCUUUACGAGAUGCUCUCAGGCCACGCCCCCUUUGAGGCAGAAAAUGAGGACGAUUUGUUCGAGUGCAUUCUGAAUGAGGAGAUUGUUUACGCCUCGUGGUUGAGCGCCGACGCCGUGGACAUCCUUAAAGCUUUCCUGAUGAAGAACCCGACUCGUCGUUUGGGCUGCAUGGCGGCGAACGGUGGAGAAAACGCCGUCACGGCGCACGUGUUCUUCAGCAGCAUCGACUGGGACAAGCUGAAACGGCGAGAGAUCGAGCCUCCGUUUAAACCCCAAAUCAAAACUGGUGAGGACGUGAACAAUUUCGACCCCGACUUCACGAGCGAAGACGCAGUUCUGACUCCCAUCGAGGACGCCGUGAUCCCGCAGAUCAACCAGGACGAGUUCCAGGAUUUCUCUUUCACCUCGGAGGAAAUGCUGGAGUUCUGCACAUAGUAAAGAACAGUCGAAGAAAAACAACGCGGCGUCGCAGGAGGAAGACGACGACGGCGUCCGGUCGGUCGAGUCGUGACGUCGUGCUAAUAAAUAUUUAUCUCAGCCGACACGAGCGUUUAAACUCGUGUCAGAAUCGGCGAAAGCUAAGCUGAGACGUGGACGUGAGCUGUGAGCGUUUGGUUGGCUUUGCAAACGCUCCGAUAUUACUAACAAUAACCUGGGACUCGCCAGAGACGAGAUGUAAUAGGAGCAAAUUUGAUAUAUUUAAAAAAAUUCCAAACGUGAACUGCGACUGCUCCUGAACUUGCAGCAGGUCGGAACCUCGGCUUGGACACUUAUUAGCAACCGUAGCUGAUUUAAUGCAGCGACCGUAGAAAAUGAACGCAUUAACGUCGUACGCAAAGGACGACGACGUCACGUUGCUUAAACCGUAGCGUUCUGUUCAACAAAAAACAAAGUAUUCAAACCCUUAGCAAAGUUAGUGAAGACUUUGUCAGACUGUUGUUGUCACUGGAAGUGAUUAGUCUUAAACGCAUUUUAUUGUAGCUAAAGUUAGCUUUUAUUAGAUGAGAGAAAAUAUGAUGGAAAAUGUCCUGAUGAUCAAAUUCCAGUCAUUUUUCAGCGCAGAAGAGAAAGAAAAAAAAGAAAAAGAACUCUGUCUCAGUAUUGCAUGUAAAGAAAUCGUCGUCUGUUCGUCUGGUCUGAGAUUUAUAAUACGCUGGGUCGGUGGGGGCGGAGCUAAAGUUACAUUUGCAAUGUGCUGAGCUACUAGCCAUUUAUUUAUUUAAAUUUUUAUUCAUUCAUCAUUAGUUGGAUGUACAGCUUGGCAGGAAACAAAUUUUAGUCACGCAUUAUAAUUGUUUAGCUAAUUUUAGCUAGUAAUAUUGGCUAGUUGUAAUUAGGUAACAUUAAUUUUUAAUUAGACUAGCCAUGAUUAGCUAAGUAAUACUAGCUAGGUACUUAUUUAGCAUUAGCGCAGGUAUCUGGCUAGCUUAGUUUAGCUAAUCUCACUAAAUUAUUGUAUUGUGUAGCUCAGCGGGACGUCGUUGUGAAGAUGUGAAUUUUAAGGCUGAAGGACUGUAACUUAAGCUCCGCCCUUGUCGAGCCAGCGAUGGGCUUUGAUCUUACUGCAUAUUCUCCUCAGCACGUGGAUCCUCUGAUCUUCAGAAUGAAGUUUUGCCCUGAAUGUCUUCAGCUCUUUAUUAAAGCGUUAGCGACAAACUCUGCGUUUAUUUGUGGUUAAAACUGUAGUCUGAAUUCUAUCGCAGGUUUAAGAACACUGGGUUAUAAACAGCUGGGGCACUGUUGUUUUUAUUUUUUAUUUUUUUGUAUUUUUACUGCUUAUAAAUCUUUUAUUACGUCUGUUAUUAAUUCAUUAUUCAACGUCGGCCGGAGUGUGUUACGCUCUCGGCAGUGGCAGUGUUAUUGAAAAGCCUCCAGCUUCUGUUAUCGUUCUUUGGAUGGUGAUGAACGCCGUGACCCCGUGACCUUUCUUUUCGAAAUCACAACUGCUCAGAGGCUUUAAAGGGGAGAUCACUAAGAAUAUGGGGGUAAAAAUGAGGAUAUGGUGGCUAUUUUAGGCUUAGCAUUGGGGUGUUUUGGGCAUUGGAAUGGCACGAGGGGGUGAAAGUGGGUAACGGGUAUGAGAAGAGUCUCACUGGAAAAAUGUACGUAUUGAUGAAAGCUUCAGAGGAGUAACGGCUAUGAGAAGGGUUAUAGACGGGGUUACAGGGGUGUCAGAGGAGCGAAGGGUAAAAUUAUGAUUUAAUUAUCGAGGUAUGGGGUAACAUGGGGAUCAGAGAAGAAGCAGAAGGCGUAUUAGAGGGGUAUAUGAGGCAAACGGGGCAUUGGAAGGAUAAUUGAGCCAUUAGAGCGGUGUCAGAAAGGAGAAAUGAAGAGACAGGGUGACCAGAAGGGGUAUGUAGGGGUAAUGGGGUAUUUACGAUGGAGGGGGUAAACUUUAAGGAGGUAGAACAUGCAUCACAAGGGUAUCAGACGGAUAUAACGAGGUGAUCGGUAUCAGUGGGGUCGUAAAGGGGGUCGUACAGGUCUCUCACGGGUAUCAGAUGGUAAGUGAGAAUCUGGAGGGGCAUCAGAUGGGUAUCUUUAAAAUGUUUCCUUCUCGCAUUAUUCAUGUUAUCGUGUGUGUAUUUCUUAACGUGGUGUUGCUUUUGUUAAACCGAACCCACUCCGUUUUGUGUUUGUUCACGGUCACUGGAAGCACUUUGUGUGAAGUCAGACAUUUUUCGUUUGUUUAUUGUGUUUUUGUACCUGUUUUGUUUGUUGUGUUCGGGUCGCACAUGCGCUCCUAAAUAAAAGGAUUCAAGAA